AUGGGCAGAGAUAUUAGAGAAUUUUACAAUUUAAGGCAUAGAUAUUUGGAUAAAACGAAAGAGACAAAUUUAAAUAUUUUAAAAAGUACUAGAAAUAAAAUAACAUGUAAUAAUGACGUAACCGUUACAAAUGCACUAGCCAAUUUGCGGGAAAAUAAAUAUGAAUGGAUCAAUAGUGCAACAACAGGCGCGUAUAAAGUGAAGGCGCAAACAGUGACCACUGUGUUCAGCAAGAACCAUAAAUCUGCUGAGCACACGGGGAGACAUAAAGACAGGAAUAAACACAAAAGCGAAGAUAAAGACAGCGACAAAAUUUGCAAAAUGAACAAAGUCGUCAAAAUAGCCAAAAUUGGUAAAGGCGAUAAAAGUGACCUGAAUGAACAGAACGACGCAAACUGGGCGAACAAGGGAGAGGAAGUACCAAUCUACUACAAAACAGGUUAUAAAGGUAAGAAAUACCAAUUGAAGAAAUCGGAAGAAUUCGCAGUCCAGGAUGUAGGGUGCGAUGAUCAACACACAGGCGAAUGUGAAAUCAUCUCACACACGAAUGAAAUAGACAUUUCUUCAGGUUCAGAUGCUUACGUGGAAAAUUCAAAUAACGCAUCAGCAUAUCAUCAGAGUGGUAAGAAAUCGAAUGGCCACUUGGGUUGUACCUCCAAUAAGGCACAUGUUCACGCGGUUGGAGAGGAAAAAAAAAAUAAUUUGAACAGCGGCAACGUGAAUAAUUCCGAAAUAAAAAACGUGUAUGAAGUUUUAGAUAAAAAUUAUAGUUUCAUCUCCUGCACUAUCAGUAGUAAUGGAGCUAACACGAGAGGUGGCACCACUAGCAUAAUUCAAAGUAACUACAGACAUAAACAUGAGCAACGAAACGACAGUCAUGCUAUCUCCAAUAUUUGCGACAAUUGGAAUGCUGACAAAAGAAUAACUCACGCAACGAUAAGUUGUGACAUAGUAAAUGCAAAUUUAAAUGAAAAAAAUGAUGAUCAGGCCGAAGGUGAUAAUUCCUACUAUGGGGAAAAAUGUGAUUAUAAAGUUGCGAAAAAUAUAUACAAGGGAGAGGCCCAGAUGAAUGAAGGCAGCGACAAUAAUAGGUACCCUUUCACCGAUGAAAACGUUUUAUCGUCCAUGGAGAAUAUCAACUCUUUGGGGGACCAUAAUGUGAUAAAUGAAAAAAUCUAUAUAGAAGAAAAAAAAAAUGUAUUUAAAACAUACAAUGUGUGUUUUCCGUUGGACCACCCAACCAACCUGGUAAUAAGCGAAAAAAAUCUGGACACAAGCUAUCAUUACCCUGCAUUUCUUAAUAAAAAAAUAAACGACCUAACAGAUAGAUACCCACACUGUGCAGAGUUAACGCAGCGUGGAGCUAAUGACUCACAUGAUAAUCCUAUGAACAGUAAGCUCCAAUUGUAUAAAACGAUUUAUAGGUACUACUGCGAUAUGGGUCAAAUUAGGAAUAGCCCAAAUGUCAACAGUAUAUCCAUUUGGGAAGACGGCGAGAUGCAAAACAGCAAUGAAGUUAGCUUGAACACCUGUGGAAGGAAUCUCCCGAAACAAAGUUAUAGAAUUUUGGAGGAUGAACGUAAGUGGAAUGUUGCCCUGGAAAAAUGCCUUUCGAGGAAGAACUCCGAGAAAAGAGAAAAAAGCAACGGAACCAGCAACAGUGGCAGUGAGGACCAUAGCAUCAAUUACCGUACGCACAAUGGAAAUGACGCCAGAGAUGCCUACAGCAGUAGGCGGAACAACGGACAUAAUGACAAUCAGUAUGGUCAGAGCUGUAACCGUAGCAACAAUGCGAUAAAUGGCAGUGACGACCAUGACAAGAAUGGCGGCGACGAUAACAAGAAUGGUAGGGGCGAUGACAAAAAUGCAAAUGAUGAUGACAAAAAUGCAAAUGAUGAUGACAAAAAUGCAAAUGAUGAUGACAAAAAUGCAAGUGAUGAUGACAAAAAUGCAAGUGAUGAUGACAAAAACGACAGCGACGAUGAAAAGAACGAAAGCGAAGAUGACAAAAACGAAAGUAUCAAUGACGAUAACAAAUUUGAUGCAAGAGGAAGACCCCAUCGGGAUAGCUUCAAAUUUAUGCAUAAAAAUGUCUACUCAGAUUACCGCGAACAACCAAUCCAACAGAGCAAAUGUUAUUCCAAAGAAGUCCAACACCAUGAAGUAAGUACUCUGUACAAAGAAAUGUUGGCAAAGCACAUCAACAGUUCAUGCUAUAUACGCAAAGAAUUACAUAUGCAGAAGAAUCAAAGGGAAAAUACUGCAAAUAAUAAAUACCUAGAAAAGGACAGUUACACAAUAAGUGGUGAUAUGACGCUACCCAUUAAUCAUUUUCUCAGAGAAAAAGAAACCUAUAAUUGGAAUAAAGAACAUUACGAAAUAUUCAACUCAUUAAAUGAUAUAAUAUGUGAAGUGAAAAAAAAAAGCAACUUGUUUUUAAAUAAUUAUAAGAAUAAGGAGAUGGUUAUACACAAUAAUAAGAACGCACUAAAGAGCAAAAUUGAUACCACCCUCUUCAGCAGCAUAAACAGAAAUGGUAAUUUAUCCAACAGUAUGCACCCCCCAACUUAUGAAGAAUGCAAUAUUGCAAAAAAACACAACGAGCAAUAUGUGAAUAAUAAUAUGUAUAAGCAUGAACUCGGUAACAAGAAUCCAUUAAAUAUAAAGCACACUUCACAUUUAGCAUCCAGAAAUAACAAUGCCUAUCACCCAGAGAUGGAAGACUCCUCUGGUUAUGAAUGCAAUAGUUACAAAGGUAAACACGUUGAUCAUAUCGGUGGUAAGAGCGCGAACUGCAGUGAGUACAAUUCUCAUAAGCAAUCCUUUAGAAAUAAUGGAAAUCCCAUAGAAUGCAGCAAAAUAAGCAACUUUAAAAUAUAUCCCAUGGGGACGGAGAAUAUACACGUAGGAAAUUGUACGAAUAAUCCAACCCUCCAAUGCGCGGGGAACUCUAAGACCACACGAAGCGACUCGUUCGAAUACAACAAUCACUUCCUCGAUAAGAAUAAAGUAAAAGAAAACGGUUAUACGAAGCAGGUUUUGUUGAAAAACGUGGGACAAGAUGUACACAGAAAAUUCGUGCAAAUUAAGAAAAACGAAAACAUAUGUUUACACACAGAUGCUUCUAUCGAGCACGCAAAAACGAAAGACUUAUAUGUACAGGAAAGCGCGAAUUGUAAAAAUAAUUUAAUAAAUAAAGAUAUGUACCACAAUUUUAAAGGAACCAAAAAGUCGAAUGCACUUCCACAUGUACAACACAACAAAGGGAUCAAUACCUCCCUCGAUAGUUCUCUUAUGAAUUCCUAUCUUUGUUUAAAAAAUGAGUUAAAGGAAGUAAACGACAUGAACACAUCCAUAUCGAACGACACCAAAGCUAAAGGACAGGGGCCCCAGAGGAGGGGCCUGCCGACGAAUCUACCAACAGGCAUACCAACAGGCAUACCUACAGGCAUACCUACAGGCAUACCUACAGGCAUACCAACAGGCAUAUCAACAGGCAUAUCAACAGGCAUAACAACAGGCAUAUCAACAAGCAUACCAAGGAAAGCUAUGGAGAGCCCACAAAAGGACACUUCCUAUAGUAACACCCGUAGUAACGCACAUCAACUUAUGUAUCACCAUGACAAAGUGACCAAAGCGAGUAGAAAUAUCACAGAAAAGGAGAUGGAAAGGAAAAUGGUAACGGAAGAAUAUCUAGAUGGAAAUCACAAUUUCCUCCAGUAUAAUCAAUACGCAGAUAACCACAUAGUCCUAGAGGACAGCUUGGAACACGUAACUUGCGAAAUUAAACAGACAAAUGAAGAAAUGAAUUCUAACAGAAGUAGCGACACGAACACCAAGGGAAAAUCAAACCCCCUUUUAACAAAAUGUUAUAACGAACAAAAUAAUUAUGAAUACAUCGAGGACGAAAGCUCCGUGUAUUGCGUAAAUAAUGGCCAGCAUGAUCAGAAAGUUCCUUACCUAAUAAUAAACCCUGAACACGGAACGGAUGGUAAAAUGGAGGGUGUGAGCUAUACCCCCGUGCGCACAUUAAGUGGAGGAGAUCCCUUAAAGACAAAUGGCGCAGAUAGAUUUAUCCACAAGGGGGAAAGCAGCAAGGAAGCUUGUACAGUGGAGGAUGAUGAUGUGGUGGAAGUAAUUCCUAGCGAAGUGGAAGUCACCACAUCUACUCACACUAAAGAUAAUUAUAGCCAACAAAGUAACUAUCACAUCUGUAAGGAAGUCAACAAUGGGAGCAACUCUCAAAGGGCUAGCUGCAGUGAUAAAAAAAAUCAUCCCGGAUGUGCAGAACUCUCCAAUAGUAUCACAACUCCUGGGAGGAGCAACUAUCUCACGAGAAGCAAAUCCAUACACCAUAUCCAACGCAACCAUUCAGAUCAAAGCGUUGAUUCCAUUUAUGAUCGAAGAAGGAACAGACUAUAUGAAUACGACUCAGUAAUAGGUAGGAACAAAUUGAGAAAUGAGGGGAAAACAAAACCACCACAAAAGGCUAAAGAGAAAAAGCGAAAAAUGAGAUCCCUAAAUGAUAUAGAUAUAAAUUACGCCGUUGAAGAGCCAAAGGUAGGAAGUGGGGAGCGGACAAAUAGAGGUUUCAAAUUUAGAAGCAACAACAUCAGCGUGAUCAGUAACGUAAAUGGCAAAAGAAGCGAAACUGUAAACAUGAACCAUAGUGACCACGACAUAUGUAACGCAAGUAGAGAUCCAUUCAGUUACGAAAAGAUGGAAGAUGACCCGCUCGUCAUGCGGAAGGAUGAAUUUCGUUAUAGUGAAACUUCCAGUGGUAACAUACACUAUGAACAAGGAAACAUAAAUCGAUAUAGACAAAGAAUCACUUCAACAGAUUACAAGGGAGGAAAUAUGGCAUCAGCAGGUAAGGAAAGGAAUAGUCUAAGCUCCAUAGACUAUUACAGAAAUUAUAACUCCGUCGAAUGUAUGAAAGAGGAUUUACUAAAGAAAGAAAAAUUCCCAUUCAUCUUUUACGAUUCGAAUAUACGGAAUUUGGUAAUAUACUACAAGGAUAAUUGCAGUGACGAAAUUAAAUGCAAAUAUUUUUCGGCCCAACGAUUUGGACACGCAACAGCCAAAAAAAUUGCCCUCAACUUUUUAAAAUCCCUAGGAAUAAAUCCAGAUAACCUAGAAAAUAGUAAUGUAUUCUCCUAUGAAAAAGACUCCAGAAGUAAGCUAUUCAAUGUAGAAAGGGGAAAUACAUAUGUAGACAAAGACGAAAACUCAAAUAUUAAUCUUAUAUAUGAUACUAAAAAGAGAAACGUAAUCGUCUCAUGGAUUAACAAAGUGAAAGGAUAUAGUUUCAGGAAAUUCUCAACACAGAGAUUCGGAUUCGAUGUUGCUCUAUGUCUGUCCAUUGAUUUCUAUAAAAAUUUAGGAGGACAGAAGGAUGAAGAGGAAUUACGAAAUUAUAUUAAUAAAGUCAAUUCAAAUUUUAAAAGCAUUCGAAUUUUAACAAGUAAAAAAAGGAAAAGAAAUUUAAAAGGAAAAAUAAUAAAUUCCACAACCGAAUUUAUUGAUAUAUAUUCCAAUAACUACGAAAAUAUGUAUGAUAAUACUUACCUCUCCCACUUGUAUUUUAAUAACAUGAAAUAUAAUAUAGAGAAUCUAAAAAAUAGCACUAUGCAGAAAGGAACAAGUGCCAACACACAAAUGAACCAAUACACCAAUUUGUUUUACAUAACCGAUCAGUUUUACCAAAUAUUCGAAUGUAAAUUAAAAAACUUACAUAUGAAACAGGUAAGAAUGACGAAAAUUUAUCAGUAUGAUUUUUUCUUAAAUAAGACGUUUUAUUUUUUAUAUUUGAAAUAUUUAGAAAAUGUCAAGUCUGCCCUGCGCGAUGAAAAUGUUCAGAACUUCGUAACCAUGUGUGAGAAAAUUAAAUCAUGCAAACCGUGCAAUCCGCGCAAUCCGCGCAAUCCGCCCAAACCUUGCACUGUGCAGUCAUUCCAUAAGGUAAAAAACGCAACCGAUGAUCAUCAUUCUAGUGAUCCUCCCACCAACUACUUCCAAUUGGUGGAUCUCUACUGCGAUAAAGAUAUUCCUAGGAACUGUACGAAUGGAAAUAUUAAUUAUUUCAUUAGUAAGAUGGACUACUACAGGGACGAAGACAUUCUCAUGAAAGGCUACUACACCGCAGAUGACACCAAAAUGUAUGACAUGUUUUUUCUUUCCAGUGGUCGUAAAGGAGGAUUGGAGGAAGAGGCUUUUUUAGCAGAUUUAAGCAGCAACACAUACAACGACAAAGUGUACCAUGGAAAAAUAUAUCAUAAGAAGCUCUACAGGAAAGAACACCACCACAGUCAACUGUACCCAGAGGGCCUGUGUACAGCACAAAAGACCAUCAGAAGGACAAUGAGAAAUAAAAGUGCCGAAGGAGGAAAACGCUACCAAGACUACCAUUAUUAUUACAAUAGUGAAAAUGAGCAUGAGAUUGAUAAUGGCAAUCCUACCAGCCAUGGCAACGACUACAAGAGGAGCAAGAGCGAUAGCAAACGUAAAAACACGUACAACCAUUUUGACAACAUUGACGAUGAAGACGUAUGCGUUUGCAAUGAGGAAAGGAAAGGAACCAUAAAGAGAAGAAGAAUGUGUAAACAUGGAAAGUGGAGAAAAACUAAGGGAAGACAAAAACAUAAUGCUAUGUCGAAAGGAAACUCCAUUAUGAGUACGAAAAAGAGAGAGAACUCUUAUGAAGACCAGGAAGAGGAGGGAGAUGUGUACGACGAAGAGGAAAUUUUACUAAACCAAGUGAGUAGCUACAAAAAGAUUGGUAAAGAAGCAAAUAAAAUGAGAAGUGGAUCCACCGGAAAAGGAAAAAAUAAAGGGGUUCACAAGGGUGCCAGCACGAAAACCGGGAAGGUCGGGAAAAAAACGAUGCAUAAGAAGACCCUUAAAAAUGCGAAGAAGGGUGUUACCAAAGGAACUAGUAGAAAAAUCAGCAAAAGCAACAACAAAGUGCAAUAUAAUAUGAAGUAUUUAAAAAAUAAAAAAUUUUUAUCAACGAACAAAAACAUAAACAACUUACUUACGAAAGGAAGAAAAUAUAUUCUCUGCUACAACUAUAUGGGAAAGAUCCAGGUGAAGGUGUUCAGUGCUGAUAUCUAUGGUUCCACGACGGCUCAGAGAAAAUCAGUUGCAUUUUUACAACAAGUUAGGAGAGAACUAAAAAAUGAGGGUAAAAUUUUAUACAGUGAAAGUGACAGCAAAACCGCAUAUGACGUAACAACCUCGCUAUUGGAGUCGGCGCCAUUAAAUCCGUGUCGCCACGGCAACUAUGCGCUGAAUAAUAAUAUCCCAUGCACAGAUUACCCAUCUCAAGCAAACAACACGGUUGUUAAAAAUAGGAGGGGGAGAAAACGCAAAAAAAGAGAAGACGCAGUGGAGGAACUGCUUGAAAUGGCCGCAGCGCUGCAGGCAGAGCACCUCGAAUGGAAGACCCAAAUGGCACAGGAACAGACAAAAGAGGAGGACAGAGAACAGGGAACAUACCAACGGAGCGACGUCGGGGCCCUGGAAUGUGCCGGGGGGAAAUCAACCAUUGGAAAAGGCAAUGAAAACGAGUUGAACUCACAGUUGAACACAAAAUUAAGUUCCCAAAUUAGUGAUGAAAAGGCACCUAGGAAGAACUAUAAAAAUGCCAAGUUAAGCGAGUGCGCGGAUUACCAAAAAGUGCACAACUUUUUUGAAAAUGAAGACAAAAAUGAAAAUGAAAAUGUAUCGAUGUGCCGAGUGCAAAUUUUUGAAGAUAAAAUGGUUAACCCUAAUGAUUCCAUUAAUAUUUCUGAAAUUUUGAUGAAGACAUAUUCACUGAAUGACGAACUUCAAAGCGCACUAGAUACACAGAAUAACGACUACAAUACAAAGGAUGGUGAAUAUGAAAAAGGCACUUUUGGUGAACUCAUGAAAAGGAAUUCAAACGGAAGUGCCCCUCCAUUAAAGGAAUACAUAAACAACGCCACAGGGAAAGAAGGAAAACAUUGUGAUCAUAACAGUAGGGUGAAUUUUUUGAACAGGGUACCUUCGAUAAGUAGCACAAGGAGGUAUAGUGACGGAACGGAAUAUGAAAUAGGCAUCACGUUAAGUAACAAAAGGGACCAUCUGAACAGCACCAUAAGGAGCGAAAGUGAAGAUGAAGAGGGUAAAGAUAUGCCUCAAAUAAAUACAAAAGAACAGUCGAAUCUACACAUGGAGAAAAACGAAAAACAAAAUAAAAGUAACAUGAGGAUUACGAAAUAUAUGAACUUCCGUACCAAUAAAAGGAUAUCCAUGGAUGAUACCGAAAAGGGGAAAAUAAAUACACUCAAUUCCUUCAACAAAUUCAGUUCUGAACAGGAAGUAGUCAAGGGAUAUUUAACUCUAAGAAAAGAGAAAAGCAUAAAACCAAAUGUAAAAAGGUUAUACUGCUUAUACGAUUUAUACAAUAAAAUUAUUAAUGAAUUCGAUUACGCAGAUUUCUUAUCAGAAAAUAGAGUACACAAAAUACUGAAGAAUAGCCAGGGUAAUCAAAAUUAUUGUCCAAGUGAUGAUCCGAAUAAUGACCUUAUGGAUCAUAAGGAUGACGAUCCAAAUGACCACCCAAUGGAUAAUUUUCCCAUCUAUCGCAAACGCAUAAUAAUGAAGAGUGGCAAAACAGAACACAUGAACAGGAAUCGCAUGCCAAGAACAAGACGAAAUCAAGAUGGACUGACGAAUAACCAAGUGGUCAAUAAAAGGGAAUGCCGUGAUGAGGUCAGUUUUCCGAAGGGAAAGGAGGCAAACGAGGAAAGGGGAACAGCAAUUGGAAACGACCUACGCGAAGACGCCGAAAUGGAAUUUUUUUUAAAAAGUGCAGAAACGCUUAGCACCAGUAACCCUGCAUACUGCCCCCGAAAUUUCAAAAAUGACUGGAGCGGAUUAGUCAAGUAUAAUACUGCAAAGGGCGUAAUCAAAAUACCUAAAAUAUGCGUCCACAAAUUGGCUAGAAAAAAAGGGUUCAUGAAACUGACGUGCAUUAUUUACAGAGGAAAAGGAGAAUUCGUUUCUUAUUUUCUAAAACGGAGCAGCAAGAAAAUCAAUGACAGCAAGGCUGUGCAAAAUGAAAAUAAGGUGGGCAAGAUUACAGAACAAAAGAUGCCCUCUAAGGGUAACGGAAAAAAUGGCUGUGCUAUGUUAAAUACAUACCAGUGUAAAACUCGUGGGAAAGCAACUAAGGAACAGGCUACACAAUCGAACAAGAAAUAUAAUUUAAGAGAAAAACAAAGUAACCUUUUAUCAGAAAAUGUUUUGUUUUAA